UUUUCUGCAGUAUUUGCGACAGAAACCACCCUGGUACGACCACCCAACCCGCCCUGACGUCGCAAGCUUAACACCAACAACCUCUUGCUGCAUUCUUUCGAUACCUAUACUUUACACACGGCCUACCGACGACAAGAGCAUCCCCCCCGCGAGCCAAGCCGGGAAAACAAUGACUUCCAUCCUGGGGAAGCGCAAGGCGCCCUCCUCCUCCUCUUCCGCCGCCGCCCAAACCGUCAAGCCCCUCUCGACAAGCUCCGGAAAGAAGAGCGUUGGAGCGGUAAAGACUGCGACGGCGACACCGUCUCUCAAGAAGAGGAAGAAGAGCCUCGAGACCGUGAGGAAACCUGCCAGUGCGACCAAGAAGACCACGGCGAAGUCGAACAAGGCCGGCGAGAAACAAGAGAAGGAAGAAGAAGUGGAUGAGUCGCUGCUCUCCGCGCAAGAGAUCUUUCGACGGCACUUCGAGGCGCAAUUCAAGCCCAUCGGGGAGCCGGGGCGGAAGAAGGGGAAGAAGAAAGCCAAGGCGAAGGCCGCAGCCGUCGAGGGUCCGGGCGGCGACGGCGACGGCGGCUCCGAUUCGGACGGCGACGUCGAGGUCGGGGAGGGCAGUGACGAGGACGUCUUCGAGGACGAGGGCGCCGACGGGCAGGAGGGGGAAGGGGAGGAGUGGAGUGGACUCUCUGGCGAGGAUGACGACUCGGGCUCUGACGAGGAGGAGGGCGACGACGAAGAGGAAGAGGACGAAUACGAGGACGACGACGGCGAGAACCCCGUGAUCGAGGUCGUCGACCACACAAACUCCAAACCCCAACCCGUCGCAAGCAUGAGCAAGCGAGAGCUGAAAGCAUUCAUGUCCUCCAAACCUCCAUCCCAAACCGAUCCGAACCCCUCCGCGGCGCCUGCCGCCCCCGCCGACCCGGACGACGAGAACGACAAGUCCAUGCUCGCCAACGACCUCGCCCUGCAGCGCCUCCUCUCCGAGUCCCACCUGCUCUCGCGCCACACAAUCACCCCCUUCUCCAACCCGACCGCCGCCUCCAAGACCUUCUCCGAGGGCAAGCUCCGCCAGCGCCAGACGGACCUGCGCACGCAGGCCCUCGCGCGCGGCGUCUCGGGCGUCUCCUCCCUCUUCACCCAGGAGAAGAUGCCCAUGGCCUUCCGCAAGGGCAUGGUCGCCGUCGCCGCCAACAAGGAGGCCAAGCGCCGCCAGCAGGCCCGGGAGAACGGCAUCGUGCUCGAGAGGGAGGCCCCUGCCGCCCGGGGAAAGAAGGCUAAGAAGGCCGGGCGCCGCGGCGAGAGGGGCGUCGAUGGGCCCGAGGUCGGUCGCAUGCGCGGCGCCGAGCUGCGGCUAAGCGAGCGGGACGUCCAGAACAUUGAGGGCAGCGGUGGCGGCAGAGGCGGCAAAGGCGGGAGGGGUGGACGCGGUGGCGGCAGGGGACGUGGGAGGAGGUAGAUCGGUAUGUAUUGAUGGCGCCCGGGGGGGAGGAAGUACGACAGCUUAAUAGUCCGUCCUUUAAAACGUCCCACUCGAAAGAAGCAGCAAAUACCCAGCAUGCCCGAUUCAUCGAGUCAAGAGGGUAUCAUGCAAACGCGCAGGCUCUGGAAUGUACCAAUAACUUGCAUGCAGGCAGCAACUCAUGCUUAACUUCAUGUCACGUCUGUAACUCCUCC